UCUGCCAAACGGUCAUACCCCCAAUCCAGAAAACAGGACACAACAUAUUUUCUGUUCAUUAAAAUGUGAAAAAGUCAAAGAAAAUGAACAAGUUAAAGUAUUUGUUAAGCCUGGUGACCCAGCCACGAACCAUAUCGAGCAGCAGUCCCAAAGAGCAGCUUCUGAACUGCCUGACCUAUGGCUUAUUGACAAUUGUCGCUCUCUGUGCGGGCUUCUUGCUGUGGGACCUCUCGAGCAGCCAACGCGAUGGAUUCUUCUAUGGGAAAAGGGACUCGCACACCCUGGUGCUGGACCUCUCGCACAGCCAGGAGGUGAUCCUGCACGCGGAUGCAGAUCAGCGUAAGCGCAAUGGGAACUGUUCAUUCUGGGACUGCCUGAACAUCUACAAGUGCGAGCAUGACAGACUCAAGGUAUACAUUUAUCCGCUGCAAGAGUUUGUGGAUGAGAAGACCGAUAAGGUGGCCACCACAUUGUCCAGCGAGUACUUUCAAAUCCUGGAGGCGGUGCUCAAGAGUCGCUACUACACGUCGAAUCCGAAUGAGGCUUGUUUGUUUCUCCCCAGCUUGGAUUUGCUGAGCCAGAAUGUCUUUGACAAACACUUGGCGGGGGCCGCCUUGGCUUCGUUGGACUUCUGGGAUCGCGGAGAUAACCACAUAAUCUUCAACAUGCUGCCGGGAAGUGCACCAGCCUACAACUCUGUGCUGGAUGUGAACACGGACAAUGCCAUCAUAUUUGGCGGUGGCUUCGACACUUGGACGUAUCGACCGGGCUUUGAUGUCGCUAUACCCGUGUGGAGUCCCCGCGUGGGGCACCAGCAUCCACAUGCUGCAGCCCAAAGAAAGUUUCUCUUGGUUGUGGCCCAGCUUAAUAUUCUUCCUCGCUUCCUGAGAACCCUACGCGACCUGUCCUCUGCCCAUGCCGAACAGCUGCUGCUCCUGGGACCCUGUGAGGGCAUGGAUCUCUCUACGCGCUGCUCCUUCUCGCAGCAUCAGAAGCUCCUGGAGUAUCCCCGUCUGCUGUCGCGUGGAAAAUUCUGCUUUGUGGGCAGGAGCCUGCGUCUGGGUCAGCCCGAUCUGGUGGAGAUUAUGUCCGAGAGCUGUAUUCCCGUGAUUGCCAUCGACAACUAUGUGCUGCCCUUUGAGGACGUUAUUGAUUGGUCUCUGGCCUCCGUUCGCAUACGCGAAUUCGAACUGCAUUCCGUAAUGCAGAAGCUAAAGGCUAUUUCCAAUGUAAAAAUUGUGGAGAUGCAGAAACAAGUCCAGUGGCUGUACUCCAAAUACUUCAAGGAUCUGAAGACCGUGACAUUGACGGCGCUUGAGGUACUCGAGAGCCGUAUAUUCCCUCUGCGCGCCCGCAGCAGCCGACAGUGGAAUGCCAUUGCCACCAAUCCACGCUCCACCUUUAAUCCUCUGUUCCUGCCCUCGUUGGCGCCCAAAUCUCAGGGAUUCACAGCCGUCAUUCUCACCUAUGACCGUGUGGAGAGUCUCUUCCUCUUGAUCCAAAAGCUGGCCGUUGUGCCCUCGCUGCAAAGCAUUUUGGUCAUUUGGAACAACCAGAAGAAGUCACCGCCACACUUAUCGACAUUCCCAUCCAUAUCGAAGCCGCUGAAGAUCAGACAAACCAAGGAGAACAAGCUAUCGAACCGAUUCUAUCCCUACCCGGAAAUCGAAACUGAAGCCAUUUUAACCAUAGACGACGACAUUAUCAUGCUAACCACGGACGAGCUUGAUUUUGGCUAUGAGGUUUGGCGAGAGUUUCCCGACCACAUUGUCGGAUUCCCCAGUCGCAUUCAUGUGUGGGACAAUGUGACAAUGCGCUGGCACUACGAAUCGGAGUGGACGAACCAGAUAUCUAUGGUGCUCACCGGCGCCGCCUUCCAUCACAAGUACUGGAGCCACAUGUACACAUAUGCCAUGCCAGGGGACAUCAAGGACUGGGUGGACGAGCACAUGAAUUGCGAGGAUAUUGCCAUGAACUUUCUGGUGGCGAAUAUUACCAACAAUCCGCCCAUCAAGGUGACGCCGCGUAAGAAGUUCAAGUGCCCCGAGUGCACCAACACCGAGAUGCUGUCUGCGGAUCUGAAUCACAUGCGGGAGCGCUCCGCCUGCAUCGAUCGAUUUGCCAAGAUCUAUGGCCGCAUGCCGCUGCGCACGGUGGAGUUUCGAGCGGACCCAGUUCUCUUCAGAGACAAUUUCCCGGAUAAGUUGAAACGCUACAAUGACAUUGGCAGCUUGUAAAUGCCGCAGACGCACUGAAAUUCCGGGUAGAUUAAGUACGGAAAUACCAAAGACUUGUGGGAAUAGCGCUCAAAUUUAGAGGGAAUCUUUUCUGUUGCAUUCGAAUAUAUCAAUAGAGCCAUCUUAAGUCGAAGCCAGAGCUAGCCGAGGCGCACUAUCAGCUAUCUCACUGGAUCUCGUAUAGAAAACUGUUUUAGUUUGGAGAGAUAUGCAUCCUGUGUGGAUGUUGUGCUAAGGACACACCUACAAUAUCCAUAUUAAAAGUUGAUAUCAU